AUAUAUCGAGCUCAUUAGUUGGGAACUAUAACUCGGCCUCGGGGGCUUGACAACAUUGCUCUGCCGAUCGUUCUGCUGCUCUGCUGCAGGCGAUUUGAAUCAGCCCGGUGAUGAAUCAUCAGAUCACAAUUGAUCGUUAGAAAAGAACAUCCAUCUGCAACGCAACGGCAUUGUCCGAUCAAAGACCCGGAGAGAGUCCCGCGAGAGAGGGCGAGAGAGGGAGAGAGAAAGGCCGAAGGAAAGCCGAGGGGAGGGUUCGGCAGUGACAACGUAUAUCGUCGCGUCGGGUACAGCAGUCGAGGAGGCAUGGGGGGGAUCCGCGGUGCCGGGAGGAGGAGCAUGGAGGGGGCGGUGGAGGAGUUGUUGAUGGAGGCUCGACAGCAGCACAAGGGCAUGCAAAGCGAAGACUCCCGACGCAGAUUGGGGAGAAAUCCGAGCCUGGUGUCCGAAGAAUGCCGUGCUGUCGUCAUUGUAACGGUGGCAGAAAGGGUGGUGAGAGAAAUAUGAAAAGAACGGAGGAGGGAGAGGAGAAGAAGAAGAGGGUCGUUGAGAGCUGACGAAAAGCGCAGGGUUAUCGGUUUCACAUGUUUGCUGCUGCUUUGUGGAUGAGGAGGUAGGCACUCUGGCUCAGGAGGCGGAGGAGGUGGAGGAGGAGGAGGCGCUUGUCCGUUGCCGAAUUGCUGGUGUAAGGCGUUGGCAAUGGGAAAGAGUAGUGGAGAAGGGAGGUACAUCAAGGGAACCACCCUCGGAGAGGGUACCUAUGGUAUCGUCUUCAAAGCAAUUGAUCGCCAGACGGGUCGCACCGUGGCAGUCAAGAAGAUUCGAUUGGGAAAAUAUAAGGAGGGGGUGAAUGUGACAGCUUUGAGAGAAAUCAAGCUACUGAAAGAACUGAGGGACCCCAACAUUAUUGAACUUGUUGAUGUAUAUCCUCACAAGAGGAAUCUUCAUCUUGUGUUUGAGUUCAUGGAGAGUGACCUGGAGGCCGUCAUCAGGGAUAGGAACAUUGUGCUCUCAGCCGGUGACAUAAAGUCGUAUAUGCAAAUGACCCUGAAGGGUUUGGCUCAUUGCCAUAAAAAAUGGGUGCUUCACCGAGAUAUGAAGCCUAAUAAUCUUUUGAUUGGAGUCGAUGGCCAGCUGAAACUUGCUGAUUUCGGCCUAGCGCGGAUAUUCGGAAGCCCCGAUCGCAGGUUUACACAUCAGGUCUUCGCACGGUGGUAUCGAGCACCCGAGUUGCUAUUUGGGAGCAAACAAUAUGGAGCUGGUGUAGACAUUUGGGCUGCGGCAUGCAUAUUUGCUGAGCUUAUGCUUAGACGGCCCUUUCUGCAGGGUUCAAGUGAUAUAGAUCAACUCGGGAAGAUCUUUGCAGCCUUUGGAACCCCAAGAGAAUCGCAGUGGCCAGACAUGACUGCAUUGCCCGAUUACGUAGAGUAUCAGUUUUGUCCCGCUCCGCCCUUAAGAUCUUUGUUCCCGAUGGCAACUGAAGAUUGCUUAGAUCUUCUAUCUAGAAUGUUUGCUUUUGACCCCAACGUGAGGAUCACUGCUGCGCAGGCCCUAGAACACAGGUGUGUAUCUGGCUGACUUUUCUUGUUUUAGCGGAUUUUGCCGAAGUGAUGCGCAUUACUCCUGUGCAGCCUUCUCAAUGUUUGACAAUAUUGAGUAGAUUUUAUGAUAGAUUUUAUGAAUAGUUUCUCUGUCAUUGACCCCAGCCCCUAAGAAGCCUCAGUAGCUAAGUCGACUAUCUCCCAAACCAGGAGUUACCCUAAAGCCUUCAGAACUGAUAUCUCCUGGUGGGCCAUGUCAAUAUGAUGCUAGGUAUUUUGUCACUGAGCCAGCGCCGACGAGGCCCCAAUUGCUAAGGCGACCACCACCCAAACCAGAAGGUCCUCCUAAGCCUUCAGAACUGAUAUCUCCUGGUGGGCCAGUGGUUCUCUCUCCAAUGAGCAAGGCUGUGAGAUUAUCCGCCGUACCCGGGGGCGAUGUACAUUCGUUUGGAAGGGCAGAUAAGGAUAUGGGUAAAGAUCCUGGCAGUGCUGGAACCCUUGGAGGUACUCCAUUCACUGCAUCGAGGAUACCGAUGUCUAUAGAUGCGUCACAAUUAGUGCGGCCCACGUUGAACAGCGUGGACAGAUCACACCUCAAGAGGAAGCUGGACAUGGACUUACUAUCUAACCAAGACUAACCCUGCCUGAACGUGUUUAGAGCACCUCUUAUAAAUAGCAAUUCAUCAAUAAGACCCAACGCAACAAAUUGCAGGGUUUACUGCAUUUUCUAACAAUGUACAAUGUCGAAGUGGGAUUGGCACAUUAUUUAUUGGGGAUAGAACAGUGGUAUGUGUAUGGUAUGGGACCUCUCGAGUCCUUGUACUUCGAACACAUCCAGCAUGACGAUGCGAAGCAAGAGGGGUCACUGUCAUUCUUGAAUGUCUGUGCUCCUAAUUCUUUAAAUGAAGAGAACCCAGUGCCUGAUCAUGUGGUCAGGCAAAGGAUUAUGACUAUGUCUUAGCUAGAAAACAACGUGGGUGAAGAGGUUCGUAAUGGUAUCAUUAACCUGUUGCUCUCCACCCUCUUAAUCACCCACUUGCACAGGAAAGGUCUUGUGGUAAGUGGUUCUGUGUAGGAUAGGUGCUUCUUCCCUUCCCACUUCUUGUGGGCACCCUUCAUGUUCUGCUUCACAACACCUAAAGAAGCAGAAAAUGGUUCUGAGAGGUUUCAUACAUCUUAGUUGUUAUCUGCCACCGACUGCUGUUGUAAAUCUCGCUCUACAUGCAGGGCAUAUGUGAUGGUGGUAGAAUUGUACGAGGUGUGGAAGGGGACAUGAAAAGGUUCAUUGUUCUUGGGCUGUAGGCAUCCACUGCGGGCUUUGACGAUAUCACAGAUGUCAUUUUCUUUAUUGACACUUCGAGGUGAAAAAAAUUUCACACCUCAUUAAGGAAAUUAUUUGCAAACUCUGAUGACUUGAGAGAGGCCCGCAGAAGUGUGGGUUGUGUUCAUUGUCUGGUAGAGAAAAGUCGAUCUGAACUUUUAGCGUAUGAGCUCCUGGGUGGAGUGUAUGGAGCAAACCCAGGAGAUGCGAAAGCAAGGAAUAUACACUGGUUGCAUAGUCAUAUUUGUAUUUCUUAGUCAAUGUCAUUUUCUUUCUUCUUUCUUGUUGUUUGUUUGCAUUUU